UCAGGUCAUAUUCUUAAAGUUUAUCUGCGAGAAAAGAUGAGUUUUCUUUUUAAUAUAAAUGUGUGCCGCGUUUGUAUGCAAAAUGAACAAAGUAAUGAUUUAUGGAACAACAAGGAUCUACUGGAAAAAUUUAAGUUCACGACCCGUUUAGAGAUUACCGAAGAGGAUAAUUUGCCUAAAAGCAUAUGUUCUAGAUGCACUGCAAGAUUAAAAGUUGCUUAUACAUUUAUUAAAACGGCACAUGAAUCCGAAAAUAAUUUAAAAAUAUUUUUAGCAAAAAUUAACACCGAGUUUAAAGAAGUCACAGUGGGAAAUAAGAGUAUUAAGAAUUCAGUAAAUGAACAACAUUUUACGGAUGAUGAUAUUUUUUCCCUUAUUGAUGAUGAAAAUCACGAAGAUAUUCUCACAGAAGUCCGCGAAAAUGAGAAGCGCAAACAAUUGCUCCAAACCGACAAAAACACAAAAAAAAUCAAGAUAGAAUCAGAAGGAGAAAACUUAACUACUAAAGAAAUCCAGAAACCGAAUGAAGAUGACUUUAAUAGUUGCAAAAAAGAUGAAACAGUUUAUCGUUUAACUAAAGAUAUUUUACUAAUACAUGCUGAUAAUAAUGAGAUUGAUAAUGAAUAUGAAAACGAUUCACAUUUUAUGGAAAUUCCAACUCAGGAAGCAGUUGACUAUACAGGUGAUGAUCAUUACAAUAAAGAUAUUUCAGAUGACAAUGAGUUAGAUAAAGAACAAACAUAUACGAGCGCAAAUAUGUUAGAGAUAAAUGAAGAGUCAGAAAUUCAUUCUCAAUCCACAGAAUUAGCAAAUGAAGAAGUAGAAGAAAGUCGGGAUUACGAACCGAUCGUUAAUGGUCAAGACGAGACCAUACAAUAUCAAAGUAUAUACAUCGAUGAAAGUUCCGUGGAAGAAAUUAAUCAAAAAAAUGGAAAUGAAUAUUACAUAAAUAAUUCAAAUGAAGAUGAAAUACAUGAGGUUCACCCCGAUAAAGAGGACAUCAAUGCACAGAAUGAAACAGCUAAAAGAUUUCCUAAAACUGAAACUAAUGUGCAUCGUUUCUAUUGUGAUAAAUGCUGUCGCGAUUUUAGCACGAAAACAAAUUUAAAUCGCCAUAUGCAAUCGCAUGAAGGCAACAAACCAUUUUCUUGUCCCGAAUGUAAAAAGAGCUUUACCCAGAAAUCAACAUUGAAACAACACAUGUAUACGCAUACAGGAGAGAGACCUUAUGUUUGUGAAGUUUGCAAUCGCGGAUUUACUCAAUGUAAAAGUCUUAUAUUCCAUAUGCGCCGUCACACAGGCGAGAAACCGUUUCACUGCGAAUAUUGUUUAAUAACUUUCCGACAGAAAGACGCUUUAAGGAUUCACAUCCUAAAACAUCACGUCCUUAUAGAGCAAGCCAACGACGGCAGGGAAAUAUUUACAUGUAUAAUAUGCCAAAAGAAAUUUGACACUAAAGCUGCUUUUAAAACUCAUAUGAAAGUCCAUACUGCAACUGCAGAGGUAGACAACGUUGUUGAAUUAUUGAGAGAAGAACAAGAAUGGUCUGCAGUAAAAAAAACAAGAAAUGUAAGCGUUGGAAGGACUGAUUCGAUUAUACCUAUUGAUUCUGAAUGUAUUAAUGCUGCGGUUGUUAAUGUUUCGGCAUCAUCUGCGGCCGAGCCAAGUCGUGCAAAAAAAUUUCAGUGCAGGACGUGUUUUAAAUGUUUUGCAUUAAAAAAAAGCUUAUUGAGACAUAUGCGCAUACAUUAUGUAAACAACGAGGAUGACGUAACUGAAUGUUUCGAUUGUGAGUUGCAAUUUUCAUCUGCAGAGUUAUAUCAAGAACAUCUAUCGGAAUGCCACCAAUAUGCAUGUUCAGCUUGUCCUGAACUUGUCUUUAAAACUAUACAAGAUUUGAAGAUACAUAUGUUUGAACAUGAAUUGGAUCAACAGGAAAACCAAUAAUUUGUAAAUAGCUAAUAAUUAAAUAAAUAUGUAUGUACAUUCAGGGCCAAUCUUUGAAAGAUUAGCGAUUAAAUUAAAAUUAAUCCUCGAAAGUUGUCUUUGGGUACGCAAUUAAUUAAUUUUGUUUACAAGAUUAAGCGCCCAAUGGAGGUGGUUUAAACUUAAGCAUGAAAUGAAAAAGUGUAAACAGCUGAUGCAAAAAAAUUAAUACAAUUUUUAUAAAUAUAAAUAUUAAAUUGUUCCAUUUAUUGAUCAGUAUAAAUUAUGCACACUCAAAAUAAAUUUUUUGGUCUUAA